GUAUUCAAUGUUCACAGGUCAAAUACCUUCUGAAAUUUCCCAUCUUUCUAAAUUACAUUCUCUUCGUAUCUAUAGUGACUUGAGUGGUUUGACAUUUGGACCACACUUUGGACAGCUUCUUAAGAACUCGACUCAAUUAAGAGAGCUCGAGUUUGCCAAUGUGGCCAUCUCUUCAACCAGUCCUCCAAAUUUCUCUUCUUAUAUAACAACUUUGCGUCUUCCGGGUGCACAAUUAUAUGGGAUAUUACCUGAAAGAGUUGUCCCACCUUCCAAACUUGACAUUGCUUGAUUUAUCAAGGAAUUCUCAACUCAUAGUCAGCUUUCCAAUAACCAGAUGGAAUAGCAGUGCAUCUUUGAAAGUUUUGUCCCUCUAUGCUGUGAAUUUUACAAAAGUACCUGAACCCAUGAGUAACUUUUUUGGUCCUAUUCGACUAUUGAAUAAAAACUGGAUACAACUCGAGCAACUACAACUUUCAUCCAAUUUCCUAACAGGUUCAAUUCCUUCCAAUGUAAGCGGAUUUCAAAGCCUAUGGUCACUCAUGUUGUCAUCAAACAACUGGACUGGAACGAUACCGUCCUGGAUAACCUCCCUUCCAUCCCUGAAAUAUUUAGACUUGAGCAAUAACAACUUUAAUGGCCAAAUUGAGGAGUUCAAAUCCAAAGAACUGUCUUGGAUAAAUCUAGGAAAUAAUCACUUGCAAAGUGCCAUUCCAAACUCACUCCUAAACCAGGAGAACCUGAUUUUUCUUAGCAUCUCAUCAAACAAUUUUAGUGACAAUCUAAAUUUUAGCAUGUUUUCAAACCUGAGCGGACUUGGCACACUUAACCUUUCAUACAACAGUUUCUCAUGGACAAACGAGAAUCAAGCAAAGUCUAACUUGCUCGAGUCUCUUCAUGACUUGGAUUUGCGCUCCAAUGUGCUUCAAGGAUCACUACCUAUUCCACCAAGUUCUGUAGAGAACUACUUCAUAUCACAUAAUAGGCUUAGUGAACAUAUCCCUUCGGCUAUUUGCAAUCUAGAAUUUCUGACAAUUCUAGAUUUGGCAAGCAAUAGUUUGAAGGGAGCAAUCCCACCUUGUUUUGGUAACAUGAGCGCGAUUGAGGUUUUAGAUUUGCGCCACAAUAAUCUUAGUGGGACAAUUCAAACAAACUUUAGUGUUGGAAAUCCACUCAGAAGCUUUAAUUUGCGUGGAAAUAAGUUGGAGGGGAAAAUCCCACGUACCUUGAUCAAUUGCAAGCGAUUGAAAGUUCUUGAUUUAGGAAACAAUGAGUUGAAUGACACGUUUCCAAUGUGGCUGGGAACUCUACCGAACGUGAUGGUCUUAAGCUUGAGAUCAAAUAAGUUGCAUGGUCCCAUCAAAACCUCAAAAACUAAAGGCUUGUUUCCUCAACCUCGAAUGAUAGAUAUAUCAUCCAAUGGAUUUUAUGGAGAUUUACCAACAUAUCUUUUCGAGAAUUUCCAAGCCAUGAAGAAAGUUGAUGAAAACAUGAAAACCCCAAGGUAUAUUGGAGAUUAUUAUUACAAAGAUUCCAUAACAAUUUCAUCAAAAGGAUUGAGCAUGGAACUUGUUAGAAUUUUUAUUCUAUACACAAUAAUUGAUCUUUCAAGCAAUAGAUUUGAAGGUAGCAUUCCAAGUGUUAUACGAGGUCUCACUUCACUAGUUGUGGUGAACAUAUCUCAUAAUAGUUUGGAAGGCCAUAUACCAACAUCACUUGGAAGUUUAUCAGAACUCCAAUCAUUGGAUCUCUCAUUUAACAAGCUCAGUGGCGAGAUACCAAGACAACUUACAUCUCUGACAUUUCUUGGAUUCUUAAGUGUCUCUCACAAUCAUCUUGUUGGAUGCAUCCCCGAAGGAAACCAAUUUGGUACAUUUCCAAGCAGUUCAUUUGAAGGCAAUGAUGGAUUACGGGGAUUUCCACUUUCAAAAGAUUGUGGUGAUCAUGGUCAAGUACCACCACCAACAAUUCCAUCCGCACUAGAUGAUCAAUAAGAAGAUUCUGGCUUUGAGAUAAGUUGGGAAGCAGCUUUGAUGGGUUAUGCUUGUGGACUCGUUAUCGGAUUUGUCAUCAUAUAUAUUAUGCUAUCAACUCAAAGUCUAACAUUGCUUCCCACGAUGAUUGAAGAAUGGGGACAUAGAAUUAUAAUGAGAAAGAAAAAGAAAGUCGCCAGAAAAGUCAGGUAUUCACUUAAUUAUGUGUUAACUUCUUAUACUACUAACUAAUAGAAUGCUUCAUGAAGGACAAACUAAAGUUUUUUGCUCACUACAAAAAAGUUCUUGUGUUUAUUUGCCUUUGGUUAUGAGGAAAACUGAUGUGCGUUGCACUCCUUUGCCUCUUACGAUUUCAGUUCUGGUGACUUAUUGAAGCUCUUGAGUUAAAUGUUCCAUUUUCUUUUUAAUUGCAUGUUCCAAUUUAAGUAGCUGCUGGCAAAUAAAUAACAGCUAGGAUAGCAUACUAAAUGUGCUUUCGGUUUGUGAUGUUUCUG